ACAAAGGAACAAAUGUGAUUUGUGAUAGAAAACCAAUGUGAAGACCGAUGGCAUUUCCCCACCCACAAAAAUAAACAACAACAACAGCGUCACAACAACAACGUCACACACUCAAACACCCUCAACCGUUCAUUAAGAGUACAAACAAAAGCCCCAAGACUCAACACAAUUCCCUUGGAUUUCCCAUUUAAUUGAAUUUAAAAAUGGACUUCGAUCAGAUUCUGGCCAAAUGUGGCGAUUUCAAUCGCUAUCAAUUCAUGAUUCUUGCCCUUUUUGGCUUCAUCAAUAUCAUCGUAUCGAUGCAUUACUUUACCCAGACAGUCAUUAGUUUUGUGCCAGAUCAUUGGUGCUAUCACGACAAGUUGGUGAAUAUGACCUACAAGCAGAUCGGUGAGAUCUAUGCGCAGUUUGGUGAGGAGUCCUCAUGCACACGCCUGGAGGAUAUCAAUGGCCCGUCAAACGUCACAGUCAGCAAGGAAAAGUGCGACAAAUGGAUCUAUAAUUAUGAUUUUGGUUAUAGAUCAAUGAAUACAGAGUUAAAUUGGGUCUGUGAUUCCGCCUACAAGGCACGUAUUGGACAGUCGCUGUUCUUCAUUGGAUCUGUUGUGGGAACUCUGUUCUAUGGUUUGCUCUCUGACAAAAUAGGACGCGUGCCAGCGCUGAUACUCUCGAACUUCUGUGGCUUUGCUGGAGACUUUUCCACAAUCUUCACGAAGAGCGUGGGCACCUUUACACUGUGUAGAUUUAUAUCCGGACUGGCAGCAGACACGAACUUUUAUCUCAUGUAUAUUAUAGUCCUCGAAUAUAUACGCCCCAGCAUGCGGACAUUGGGCCUGAACAUGGCCGUGGGUCUGUUCUACUGCUUGGGUCUCGUGUUCACACCUUGGCUGGCGGUACUCGCGGGCCAUUGGCAGAUCUACCUCGCGUGCACCUCUCUGCCCAUCCUGCUCGUGGUGCUGUACUACUUUGUGGUGCAGGAGAGCGCCCAGUGGCUGGUGACGCGCAAUGACAUCGAUGGCGCCAUUGUGCGACUGAAGCGUGUCGCAAAGUUCAACGGAUGCCGCGUGACCCAGGCGGAAUUCGAUGAGUUCCGACGCCACUGCCAGAUGACGCGCGAGAUGCAGGGCGGCGAUGAGAAGAAGACUGCAACACUCUUGGACAUGUUCCGCACACCUCGAAUGCGCAAGAAUACGCUUAUACUUUUCUUCAAGAGCAUGGUAAUCACUCUCUGCUAUGAUGCCGUAUCCCGUAAUGUCGAGGGCAUGGGCAUCUCUCCGUUCAUCAUGUUCUCGCUAAGUGCCUUGGCCGUGUUGCCUUCGAGUAUACUGCUCGUCCUGCUGCAGGAUCGCAUAGGGCGCAAGGGCAUGGCCUCGGGCUCCCUGCUGGUGGGUGGCCUCUUCACCGCCGCCUCUGGCAUAGCCAUUGCGUACCAGCAGCACAAUCACAAUGCCAUACUCCUCGCCUGCCUCACGAUUGCCGCGAGGUUUGGUGUGGCCAUCUCCUACGAAUCGGGCUCCCAGUACGCCACGGAGCUAAUACCCACGUGUGUGCGGGGACAGGGUGUGGCGGCCGUGCAUGUGGCAGGAUUUGCGGCCUCCUUCCUGGCCCCAUACAUCCUCUGGCUGGGCACCUUCUUCAAGGCCGCGCCAUCGAUCAUUCUGGGCGUGCUGUUCUUUGCUGGUUCCUUUGUGUGCCUUUUGCUGCCAGAGACAUUGAAUAGGAGCCUACCCACCACCAUUGAGGAGGGCGAGGUCUUUGGCAAGGGCGAGCGCAUGUUUGAUUUCCCUUGCCUUCAGCACAGUCACGACGACGACGAGGAGUCCGACUCGGAGCUGGAGAAGUACAAGCGGAAGCAUUCGCUAAUCGAUGCCAAGCAAAUGGAAUCAUCCUCGAACGGCAAGCGCAAGCAGUCCCUCAUCGAUGCCGACCGCGAGGAGCAGGCCCUCAAGGAUGCCAAGCACUGAAACAGCAGGCAAUGGCUCGAUGUUUCACAUAGUUUAUAGUCUAGCUAAACAAUUGUAUUUUCCUCUAAAAAUCCUACUUCAUUAUCUUUUGGCUCCCCCCCCCCAACAAUUGUCACUUGAAUGCCUACACAAAUGUAUAUUGUGUGGCUCAGCCUUUUCUUAUAUACAUACUUACAUAUAUAGAUAUAUAAAUAUACUGUAUACUGUAUACUCUAUCUUUAAUCUAAAAGCCUCUAGCUUGUAAUUUUCUAGAACGUAGACAAUUGUUUGUUUCCAAAAGCUCCCAUUGUGUAUAAGAACGGAAUCAUAUAGUUAACACUUAAGCGGCACAAAAAUCACUUACAAAACGAAUGAAACAAUUUUUGAAUACCUAAAUCCUAAGAAAAGUAUGUACAUAAUUAUAUAAGACUCUUCCUCCUCCUUCUCCUUUAACUAUUGAAUAUUCACUUCAUUAUUUCGAUUUGAUUUCGAUCUUUCGAUCAAAAUCAAAAAAAAGGAAACAGAAAAGUAUCGUCUAAAAAACUGAUAAUAAUUAUAUUAUAUCUACCAUAUAGAGAAAAAACAACAACA